ACUUCACCUUGCUAGUGCAGAUGACAUCCAUUGGUGUUGAUCAAACUUCAUCAGUUUUCACUUUUAUCAUCUUCCUGCUUUCUGUUUUAUUCUCUAUUCUCCUAGUUUCAUGGAUUUGGCACACAAGCUCCUGUUCAUAGCUUUGGUCAUUUUUGCAGCAGCCAUAGAUGGGACACAGGCUGCUGCCAUGGUCUCCGGUGCAGUCUUCUGUGACCAAUGCAAAGAUGGCGAGAGAUCCCUUUUCGAUUAUCCCCUUUCUGGAAUGAAGGUCACGGUUACCUGUACUGAUGGUGAUGGACAGGUGACAAUGUCAAGGGAAGAAACUACAAAUGUAUUUGGAACCUAUUUGAUGAGAUUUGAUGGCACACCAGACUUAAGUGACUGCAAUGCCCAGGUUUCUGGUAGUGGAGAAGGGUCAAAUGACUGCAGUGCAACUGCAGGUCCUGCCCAAAAACUUAGACUUAUGUUCAGAAUGUUCGGCAUGGAGAUUUUUGGGGUGGAUUCUUUGCUUUCCGAACCUGCUCAGCCCAUGUCGUUCUGCCCAAUGUCAUCCGGCCCUGUGCCUGCACCUGUAGUAACACCUACAACGCCUUCUGGACCAGCACCGCCUACAGGGUCUCCUCCAACUUUCAGGCUGCCCCCAUUUCCCCCAUUGCCUCCAAUGCCAUCGUUGCCCUUCUCCGAAGCAUCGGCUUGUUCACAUCAGUACUGGACAAUGCCGGAGUACCAAUGCUACUGGAGAGUACUGAACCCCGAGUCGAAGGUUUCUCUUAUUUUCGGGCCACUUGCUGCUAGGAGAUAUGGAACUGAUAUGACCCUACGGGAAAGCCUUGAAGGGAUAGGAGACCCCUACAAGACUCUUCUGAGGGAAGCCACAACUGCCCUUCUCAAUUCCUACAAUAGCCUUCAGUUCCCAUACAAUUCAGUUGGUGUUGUUACACAUACGAAUUGGGCCCUUAUGAGUUCAACCCGAGGCGUCCUUAUCACUGCUUUACGAUUCAUAAGGGCUAAUUCUGGCUCUGGGGGAGUCACCUGCAAGUUAACCCCUUGCCAAUGAUCUUCCAUUGUUUGCCAAUGCCAUGACUUUCCAGAUUUCAU